GCCAGCUACGCCUUCCUCCCAGCUCCAGGAGGCCCCGGCCAGCGCUCAUUCCGGAACUGUGGAACAGGAGUCCGGGAGGCCAGGCAGCCCUGCGCUUGGCCCUGGCCUGGCCCGUCCGCGGACGACAGAGGCCCCGUGGCCAGGGCCCCACUCCUGGCCGGCUACAGAGCGCAGGGAGCGCACAGAGUGGGGGAGUUGUCCAGUUCAGCACCACGGCGACGCAGUAGGUGGGCGCUCCUGCUCCGAGAGCUGUCCAGUCCAGCACCGCGGCGAUGCUGUAGGUGAGAGCGCCCGGUCGUGGGGAGCUGUCCACUUCAGCACUACGGCGAUGCAGUAAGUGGACGAGCCCGGCCGGGGUGAGCUGUCCGUUUCAGCACCACGGCGAUGCUGUAGCUGGGAGCGCCUGGCCCGGGGCUGCGCGGCCGUGAGCGGGGGAGGCGGGCGGGCCUGCCUGCUGCAAGACGCCGGCUAGCGCGCCCCAUCGCUCGCUCGCUCGCUGGCUUCCGAGGAGCUUUGCGGAUCGGGGGAGGGAACCCCGCCUCGAUUCUCCGGGAGAAACCCCCUCCCUCCCCCACUUCGCCGACACUACCCCCGCCGCCAACAACAAUAACCGCGGCUGCUCGUCCUGCCGCCACCGCGCCCGCCAACCCUGCUGCCGCUGCCGCUGCCGCCGCCGCCGCCGUUACCGCCGCCGGGGCACAACCAUGGGAGGCGAGACCCCCUCACCGGUGCAGCUGAGCUCGAGGGCUUGCAGAAGACUGGGCAGUCUCCUCUGAAACGGAGGCGCCUCGAGGACCCCCUCCCUCCCCAAGGAAGAGAACUGGCGAAGCCACGGAUUUUCAUGGCGCAGGCCGCAGAGCCGCGAACGAAGACCGAAGGUUGCUUCCCAGCUCUUCCAGUCUCUAACUGUCUAGGUCCGGACCAUGAGAGAUGGUGUUGAGAAUUCGGCUGUACCCUGGCGCGCUGUGGAAGCCAUCUCCAAAUUAGCGAUCACAUAUGGAAACUGGAGACCAGAAUUUUAGGAAAAGAGAUUAAGGCAUCUCACUUGGGGGGGUGGGGGGGUGUCUUUUUAUUUAUUUUCCCUUUUUUUAAAAAAAUCGCUGCAACUGGAACAGUUUUUUGAUCUCAAAAGCUUGAUGACCAUCGCUGUGGGAACCGACUAUUGGCUGUACUCCAGAGGGGUUUGCAAGACCAAAAGUGUCAGUGAGAAUGAAACCAGCAAGAAGAACGAGGAAGUUAUGACCCAUUCCGGAUUAUGGAGAACCUGCUGCCUCGAAGGGAACUUCAAAGGUCUGUGCAAGCAAAUCGACCACUUUCCGGAAGACGCGGACUACGAAGCUGACACCGCAGAGUAUUUCCUCCGGGCCGUGAGGGCCUCGAGUAUCUUCCCGAUCCUGAGUGUGAUCCUGCUUUUCAUGGGUGGCCUCUGCAUCGCGGCGAGCGAGUUCUACAAGACACGCCACAACAUCAUCCUGAGUGCUGGCAUCUUCUUCGUGUCUGCAGGUCUUAGUAAUAUCAUCGGGAUCAUCGUGUAUAUAUCAGCCAAUGCUGGAGACCCCUCCAAGAGUGACUCCAAAAAGAACAGCUACUCCUACGGCUGGUCCUUCUACUUCGGGGCCCUGUCCUUCAUCAUCGCCGAGAUGGUCGGGGUGCUGGCCGUGCACAUGUUUAUCGACCGCCACAAACAGCUGCGGGCCACGGCCCGCGCCACCGACUACCUCCAGGCCUCCGCCAUCACCCGCAUCCCCAGCUACCGCUACCGCUACCAGCGCCGCAGCCGCUCCAGCUCGCGCUCCACCGAGCCCUCUCACUCCAGAGACGCCUCGCCCGUGGGCGUGAAGGGCUUCAACACCCUGCCGUCCACGGAGAUCUCCAUGUACACCCUCAGUAGGGACCCCCUGAAGGCUGCCACCACGCCCACCGCCACCUACAACUCGGACAGGGAUAACAGCUUUCUCCAGGUCCACAACUGUAUCCAGAAGGACAGCAAGGACUCUCUCCACGCCAACACAGCCAACCGCCGGACCACGCCCGUAUGAAGACCGUGGGACGGGGGACCCUGGGGAGGCUUGGCCCGCGGGCGGGGGAGGGACCACAGCAGCCACGGGGAGACCUUCCAUACGCAAAAAACAACAAACAAGCAAACAAGCAAACGAACAAACAAACAACAAACAAACAAAACAAAAAACAAAACAAAAAAAAGAGAAAAACAUAGCAAGUAAAUUAAAAAAAAAAAAAGAACAAACUACAAGAAGAACAAAAUCAAAACCACAGGCUAUGCGGGGGGAAAAUAUAACCGAGGGAAGACAAACUUUAAACAAAGCAAGAGGGAUAAAAUUAAAAUAGAAAAUAAAUCUAAAAGAAAAUGCAUGAUUUCCCAUGUACCAUUAUUUUAACAUUUAAUAAAAACCAAUUUAAAUGAAAAAAUAAAAGGGAACCAAGAUAAUGUAAAGCAAAAAAACAAAAAACAAAAAAAAAAAAUAACAAAAAAAUAACAAAAAAAUGAGGAAAGCAAGAGAGUAUUUAUUAGGGUUUUAUGUUGCCUUUGUUUUUUGUUUUCGGGUUUUUUUGUUUUAACUGCAGGGAGAGUUUAAAAAUAAAAAAAAUAAAAAUAAAUUAAAAAAAAAACACCCGCAUUCUUUUCCCUUUAACCCCAGCGGGCCCUGCCUCCCGGGGAGAGUAAGGGGUAGAGACUCAGGGCCCUCGGGGCCAGGGGAGCAAUGGUCACUGCCAAGCCCCUUGAUCCCUGGCUGGGCCCUGGGAUGCUGGAGAAGUUCAAUGGCUCUGCGACCAACUCUAUCCAGCACCAAUAAGGCAGUUGCAGGCCUCCAGGUGACUCAAGCCCUUGGUCCGCCCCUGUCUGUUAGGUGCCUGGAGGUGGCGCACUUGGGGCUACCCCGCCCCAGGUUCCCGGUCCUUAAUGGUCCUUAAUGGCCCUUAACCCACUGUGAUGACUUCCUAGGCCUUGAGGAAAGGGAAGGAGAAGGAAUGGCUGCUGGUGGCUCACAGAGAAGCCAGACCCCUGGAAUCCUCAGGGGGAGCCUUGGGGGGUGGGGGGGCAGUAACCCCGAGCUCCUGUCCUUGGAGGCAGGAGACACCCACCCCCAGGGGAUAUAGAGCAGCCGUCCCUCCUCACCCCUCACCUCAGGGCCACUAGAUGACCCUGGGGCGAUGGUGGACCCCCACACUCACAGGCCCCCAGACCCCUGGGAAGGGGACUCUUUGACCCUUUGGGGGUCCAUGGACUCACUGAUGCCCCUCUGGGGGCCCAGGGAGCCCAACAAUGACAUUGCAAAAAGGUUUCUUUUUACAAAAGAAAAAGGAAAAACAAGUGGUGAUUUUUUUUAAAAAAAAAGAAUUAAAAAAAAAACCACAGACUAUAAAUAAAUGUAAAUAUAUAAUAAGUGAAUUUACUUGCAAGAAAAUCAAGUAGUAUUUUUUUCUUUUAAUUCUUUUCCAGCUUUAAACUGUGAAAAAAAUCGGGGUGGGGUGGGGGACUUAAAAUUUAGCAGGGAACUUGUAAAGACAAAACAAACAAACAAAAAAACAAAUAUAGAAAUCCAUUAAAAUAAAGAAACAAAAUCCAUUGGGAGAGACGUGAGCUGGGCACAGAGCCAGAGAGAAAAGGAGAAAGGCCCCACCAUCUUUCUGGGGACUGGAGAAAGAGGCUCUUCUUGCCUGCAGGGAGGUAUUGCUAAUGGAGAGAGGAGACCCACACAUCCGCCACUGUCCCCCUAGUCUCAGUGCUGCAACCGCCACCCAAGUUCCCAUUCAAUACCCAGUUAGGAAUGUGGCUCAGAGGCAGCUGACCUGUGCCCUCCAAAGCCAUGGAAACCAGCCCAGCGCUAUCGAUGGCCCUUGUGCUCCGUGUGCCCCCCACUGUACCUUACCUAUGUAUGGAUGCACCAUGUUCUUGUAUGUGGAAGGGCUCCUUAUCUAUAUUCUAGAUGUCAUGUCUGUGUGGCCUCUCUGGGCCUCAGUUUCCCACUGUGUCAGCUUGAGGACAGAUUGGCUUGAGCUCCAAAGGCUCUUUCUUAUCUUCUGUGUCUGUGACUUUUAAGAUCAGCCCAGCUCAGUGGAAAUGGCCAGGAGCAAUCAAAGCAGUCCUGAUGACAUUAAGAACAUUCCUAAGUCUCUCUCUCUCUCUCUCUCUCUCUCUCUCUCUCUCUCACACACACACACACACACACACACACACACACACACACACACACACACACCAUGUGCCUCCUCACUGUGUUCCCCAGACCCCACCCCCACAUCCAGUGUCAAAGCAAAAAUUCACACAUGUGAGCAACCUAUCCUCCCAUGCAGACAGAGGGAGAUGCGCAGUUCCAAACGCCGCUCAUUCGCCUUCCCUUUCUGAAUGGUAUAGCCCCAGUCAUUAGUGAGUGGGAAAGGCUUCUUUGAGAGAUAGGUCUCCUGCUAUCUUUGAGGUCAGUGAAAAAGCAGGCCUUUCUGGGGUGAGAGAUCUCCCUGUAUGGAAAGAAUGUUUGCAGAACACUCUCCGGGGCAAGCAUCAACCCCAGUUAGGCCUGCACCCCAGAGUGAAUUAAGGGAGCACUCAGGUUUCCCCCUUUUCCUUCCCCAGAGUGGCAAGGGCCAGAUCAGACAAUGAGAACCUGGCUAACCAUUUCCUAGCAACCUCACCCCUCCCCCAACUACAGCAACCAGCCUCCUGCCUGUCUUUGCUACCCUGACACCGGCCUGCUUGGAAGGGAAUUGGAGGGCAUGCUGAGGAAGGCCUCUAUAGUGUCUUGUCUUGUGUCUGGAAGAGGAACACUCGUCUCCCAGGUCAGCAGCAAGACAGACCACCUGCUAGGCCAGCCCAGAAGUUCAGGGGAGGCCUCAGACCCCAUGGCUCAGAUAUGUGGGCCAGUUAAACAUGCAGGGAGAUCAGAGCAUCUUCCAAACUGGGCAAAAACAGCACCUUGUCCCUCCUCAGCCCUGCCCAAGGCCCAGCAGAUUCCAAACCAUACCAGAUAAAGGCCUAGAGACACAGGAAAGGGUCCUACAAACAAGCGCCUCUCUGUGGAGAGCUCCUAGGCUCUGGUCAAGUAUUUGAGAACGAAUUGGACUUCUUCCCAGGAAGUGAGACCUGGGGUCAGGCCACCCAAACAAGACUCAUGGGUGAGAGGUAAUAUGAGCAGUGGCUGACCAAGGAAGGGCUAGGGGGCCUGGAGGGAAGGGGCGGUGCUUCCUGUGGUGACUGACAGCUCAUGCCCAGCUCUGAUCAAUUCAAAAAACAAAAAAAACAAAAAACAAAAAA